CUCCCAUAGCGAGAGAGCCGUGCUCGUCUCACUCGCUCCUUCGCUCACCGCUUCGGAAGAAAUUCACGGACUCCAAAGCUGACCGUUGAGCUGCUGAGCGAAGCCGUGAAGUCACGGUCCUUUACACUCACCAGUCGUUACAGGAUCCCGACCGCAGCGUUGUGGUCCUCCGCCGGCGUCCGAGAGGCGGUGUUGGUCUGUGGUGCUCGCGAUGGCGGUGGAAGACGGAAAGGCGGCGACGGCGAAGGCGGAGGGAAAGGCGUGGGGUUUUUGCCGGUUUCCCUUUUUCGGAAGCGGCGCUGGCACUGGCGGGGGCUCGGCGUCGUCGUCGACCACGAAUUCUUCGACGGCGCUCAGCCUGACGCACCGCCACCACCCUCGAUCGUCCGAGCGGAGCCAGUUGGGGCAGCGGGAGGGGGGCGCCGCCGAGCGGCGAAGCUCCGGCGCGGGAUCGGUUUCGUCGGUGGCCAGGUCGCUGCUGCCAACCAGGCGGCGUCUCCGGCUCGAUCCAUCCACCAAGCUCUACUUCCCUUAUGAACCUGGAAAACAGGCCCGAAGUGCAGUGAGGAUAAAGAACACCAGCAAAGCACAUGUGGCUUUCAAGUUUCAAACAACUGCACCGAAAAGCUGUUUUAUGCGUCCUCCUGGAGGUAUUCUUUCACCUGGGGAGAGUAUUAUCGCAACUGUAUUCAAGUUUGUUGAACAACCAGAGAAUAAUGAGAAGCCAAUGGAACAAAAGUGCAACGUUAAGUUUAAGAUUAUCAGUUUGAAGGUGAAUGGUCCUACAGAAUAUAUUCCAGAGCUAUUUGACGAGCAGAAAGAUCAGGUUGCAGUGGAGCAAAUAUUGCAGGUUGUUUUCCUGGAUCCGGAACGCUCUUGCUCUCAAAUGGACAAGUUGAAGAGGCAGCUAGCUGAAGCCGAGGCUGCGAUCGAAGCACGCAAGAAGCCUCCUGAAGAUUCAGGCCCUCGGAUUAUCGGGGAAGGGCUGGUUAUAGAUGAAUGGAAAGAAAGAAGAGAAAGAUAUCUCGCUCAGCAGCAGGUUGGCGGGGUUGAUUCUGUGUAAAUUGUGGAGUUUAAACCUUCUUUAUGUUAUUGUAACAUCUGUUUGUGCAAGGGAAAAAGAAACAUAUCUUCAUUUUCGCCUGAAUCUUUAGGUGUAUGUGUUUUAUCUAUAUCUUCUCUUCUAUGAACCCUUUGGUUUGUGUAGUAUCUGUGCUUGAAUGAGGACUAUGUCCUUGUACAUACAAGUAUUUUACUCGAUAAGAAACGAAAGACUUUGUUUGAUAGCAAUGUCAUUAUUUUUGUUUUCUCGGAUCA